AUGUCACCUUUUCUAUUCAUAGACAAAGGACAGUCUUUGCAACAGCAAAUACACAGUCAGCAAGAAAAACUCCAAAACUGUUUAGCUUGUCCAGAUGUGUGGAUUCCAUUAGAAAACAACUGUUACUUAUUUUCAAACACCAGUGCCACAUUUGGUGCAGCAAAGGAAAUUUGUAACAGAGCCGGUGCUUAUAUCCUUGAAGACCAAAGCCCAAGGGAAAAGUCACUUACAAAAACAAAAGGUUAUGACAAGAUGUGGAUUGGCGUGACAGAUAAUCGUCAAGAAGGUGUCUUUGUUUAUGAAUCCACGGGCACCAGGGUGAAUAAUGGCGAUUGGGUCAAGGGUCAACCAGGCGGAGGAAGAAAUGAAAACUGCGCAGUAGCUUAUAAAGAUAGCAAUUGGCAGUGGCAUGAUUAUCCAUGUAAUCAUAAGUUUGAUUACGUCUGCAAGAAAACGAAAGGGACUUUUAAAAUGUGA